UCGGGGCGGCGGCAGUGGCGGAAGUGGGAGCGGGGCCGGAGUCUUGGCCAUAAAGCCUGAAGCGGCGGCGACGGCGACGGCGGCGGUGUUGGAGGUUAGGAGCACGCGGCAGAGCCUUUGAAAAUUGGAACUUGGCUUUCCCUGCCCCAGCCCUCCGUCGUCUCCUUCUCGGCGGGAGCUCUUGCGACCCACCCGGCCCGGAGUCUCCAGCGCAGCGGCCGCGUGUGAAGGAUGACCUCAAGGAAGAAAGUGUUGCUGAAGGUUAUCAUCCUGGGCGACUCAGGGGUCGGAAAGACAUCACUUAUGAAUCAGUAUGUGAACAAGAAAUUCAGUAACCAGUACAAAGCCACAAUAGGAGCAGACUUUCUGACGAAGGAGGUGAUGGUGGACGACAGACUAGUCACCAUGCAGAUUUGGGACACAGCCGGUCAGGAAAGGUUCCAGUCCCUUGGCGUAGCCUUCUACCGCGGCGCAGACUGCUGUGUGCUGGUGUUCGAUGUAACAGCCCCCAACACAUUCAAGACCCUGGACAGCUGGAGGGAUGAGUUUCUCAUCCAGGCCAGCCCCCGGGACCCUGAGAACUUCCCCUUUGUCGUGCUGGGGAACAAGAUCGACCUCGAAAACCGACAAGUGGCCACGAAGAGGGCACAGGCCUGGUGCUACAGCAAAAACAACAUUCCCUACUUCGAGACCAGUGCCAAGGAAGCCAUCAAUGUGGAGCAGGCGUUCCAGACAAUCGCCCGGAACGCGCUCAAGCAGGAGACAGAGGUGGAGCUGUACAAUGAAUUCCCCGAACCCAUCAAACUGGACAAGAACGACCGGGCCAAGCCCUCGGCCGAGAGCUGCAGCUGCUGAGGGCGACAGGCACCAAGCACAGAGUCCUUCAGAACCAAGAACACACUUAGGCCUUCAACACAGCCCCCUUCUCUCGACACAAAGACAUGGAUCUCUCACAGUCAGCUGCCAAAAGGAACCUUCCCCCACCCUUCACACACACAUACACACAUGCACACGCACACGCACACACGGCAGCCCAUGCCUCAAUGGUCCUAGGGCUCUGAGCCCAUGAGCCCUGAGCCUGGCAGCGGUGGGCCGGAUUCUCUAGAAACCAUUCUGGCGAGCAGUCGGCAUGGGAAGCAUAGGCUUGUUGUCCACUGGAGAGAGAACUGUUUACAGUUAAUCUGUGUCUAAUUAGUCACCUGAUUUUUUUAACGGUCUUGUGGUCUUUUUACCCUCCCCAUCCCCAUCCUCGAAGGCCCCUUGGGAAGGCUGGUGCCCUUGCUUGUCCCUGCCCAUACCCCAGUCGAUCAGGCUGUUUUGUAUGUAUCUGUUAAUGCUUGUUACUUUUAACUAAUCAGAUCUUUUUACAGUAUCCAUUUAUUAUGUAAUGCUUCUUAGAAAAGAAUCUUAUAGUACAUGUUAAUAUAUGCAACCAAUUAAAAUGUAUAAAUUAGUGUAAGAAACCCUUGGAUGAUGUGUUGAAGUCCUGUGAUGUAGGCAUGGAAGGCGGAGGGUCAGACCCUGUACAGAUGGCAGGGUUGGCGACCCAGGUGUGGCAUCCAGCUGUCAGCAGUAUUGUGUACAGCAGACCCGAGCAACGCACGCCUCUUCUCAGAGACUGAGCUGGAAAGCUUGCACCUGCAGGGGAGCUGCUGGCUCCCGGGGCUCUGGAUUCUCCCCAAGGUUGAUUUGCGUAAUCCAGCGGUGUAUGCAAUGGAUCCCCGGCUGUUACUUCUGAAAUUGAAGCUCACUCCCUUUUCAGUUGUUUCUUUUUCUGCUUCACACAAGAACUCCUAUUAGAUCAUCCUCCCCUGUUCGAGGUGAGGACCAGACAAGGCUCGGCCAUCUGUCCUGGUGUCCUCCCUCCAUCCUCGAAGGCGCUCCCUGCAGGCCUUGUCCCAUCCUUCGGCCCCUGCCCUGGGCCUGCCUGGAGCCCUGGCCAGAGUACGCCUCACCAGAGGUCUCUGUGUUAGGUAUAGGCUGAGUUCUCCUGUAAAGAGAUGAAAGCGAUGCCAAUAAAAUGUAACAAAAACAAAGCAAA